GUCUCGCUCCUGCCGUCGUCCUGGGUCCCUUACGUCCAGCUUGCGCGCCUCAGCCUCCCAGCCGCCCUCAUCCUCAUCUACAUCCCCACUUUGUCGGGCGUCCUCCUAGCCGCCAUCCUCGCCCGCCGCGGCGGCGGCGGCAGCAGCAGCGAUGUCCACUUCCCUGCCUCCUGGUGGUACACCUGCAUCAUCCUGCUGAUCGGGUCCUUCUUCUUUUCCAACGCCGCGCACGCAUGGGACGACCUGGCGGACGCGCCGAUCGACAUGCUCAUCGCGCGCACGGCGCGCCGGCCGAUCCCGCGCGGCGCCGUCUCGCGCCCGGCGGCCUUCGCCUUCGUGGUGGCCAACGCGCUCGGCGCCGCCGCCGUCCUGCUGCUCGGCUUCCCCGACCCGGCCGCCGCGCUCCGCUACGCGCUGCCCAACGUCCUCGCCACCGCCUACUACCCCUACGCCAAGCGCCACACCUACGUCCCCCAGCUCGUCCUCGGCUUCUGCAUCGCCUGGGGCGCCGUCAUGGGCGCCCUCGCUGUCGGCUGCGAGCCCUUCACCCUCGGCAGCACCCACAGCGUGCUCCGCCUCGCCCUCGACACCCCGCUUCUCCUCCUCACCGCCACCACCACCACCUCCACCGCUGCCGCGGCGGCCAGACCCAUCCCAGCGACCCUGACCCUCGGCCCGCUGACGGUGUCCACCCCAUUCCUGGGCCUCUUCACCGCCCUGACGCUGUGGUCGGCCAUCUACGACACCAUCUACGCGGCCGAGGACUUCGAGGCGGACGUGCGCCUCGGCCUGGGCAGCCUGGCCGUGCUGUUCGGCCUGCGCCACACCAAGACCGCGCUGUACGCCCUGCUCGCCUGCCUCGUCGCCGGCCUCGUCGUCUGCGGCCUGUCCGCGGGCGUGCAGGCGGCUGCCUUCUACGUCCUUGCGCCUGGCGGGUGUGCGCUUGCGCUGGGUGCGAUGGUGGCCAGUGUCGAUUUGAGGGAUGCUAGGAGUACGUGGUGGUGGUUUAUGUAUGGGUAUUGGCUUGUC